CUAUUUUAGUUCUGAUAUUAUCACUCAGCCUUGCUCAUGCCACUUUUGACUGCCGACGCCCUAACCAGGCCUGUCUGAAUAGUGGGACCUGCACCUUCACUUCCGCGGACUGCCUCUGUACCACGGAAUACAGUGGCUAUGACUGUGGUCUUGAAUUACCUAACGUUGACAAGCUCAACUGUGCCACCACUACGUGUGUCAGUGGAAGCACCUGUUAUGACAAUGGUGGAGGAGCCAAAUGCUACUGCGACAGCGAACACUACGGCGACUUGUGUGAAAGGAAUCGAUUUUCCCUGACCUGCGUUGCGGACUUGAUGGUCAUUGGGAUUAACCCGUACAGUACUUCUGGAUUCGAAGCUUUCGUGGAGGACAAGAAAGGCAUCGCUGGCUGCGACUCCCAGCCAGUGCCAAAUCCGGUAGACACGUUCGAUAAGAUCCCUGACAGCUGGGAGGGGCAUUACAUCCAAGUAGAACAUGACAGUGCAGGCUGCGGCCCCAGUGUGCCAGUCAUUACCGGCAACAGGAAAGAAUUUAACCGUGUGGUGGUGGUGAAAUACAGCCCGAAUGACCUGACCUUCAUCGACGAUCGCUACAACGUUAAGUGUAUCCUAGAUAACACUGUACCCGUUGAUAGCAGCGUCGUCAAGAUGAACGUCACGGGCGCGAACAGCCAGCACGUAGUGUCUCGCGAGGAUAUGGUCAAGGCUGUGGACUUCUAUCUAUUUGUCGAUGGUGGAUUCUACAACGGAGAUCUCGUUGACGCUGGGGCAGAACUUAAAUUUUUGUUUGGAGUUCAAGGAGUGUACACGUCAAUGCGUGUGGAGGAGGGGGAGGCCAACAACACCAACUCCAACACCGAAAAGACGCUGAAGCUGAUAGAAGGAAGCUGUGUGCACACUGACGGGCUUCCUUUCAUCUCAGAAGCAGUGACCCCCGACCAUUCUAACAGCAGGCUACUCAGUCUGGUGAUAAAGGCUUUCCACUUCGACGGAAAUGACGAAGUGAUUUUCUCCUUCCGGGUCAGAGUUUGUGUGGCAGCAGACAACUCGGCCUGUGACCCGGUUAACUGUUCCGCUCCAGGCGGUGGUUACGGCAGAAGGAAGAGGGAUGCCGGGAACGAGGUGCAGCUUUCCAAGGUGGUGAAGAUCCGUAGUCAGGGCGAAACCUCCUCCCAAACUACCAUCUCUGGCUGCGAGACAUCUUGGGAGAUCACAGCAACUGUCAUCGUCAUGGCUGUGGCCAUCGUCCUUCUCAUCGUCUUCUCUGUUGCCCUCAUCGUCAUCGUGGUCAUCCUCGUCAGCGUUAUUGCUGCUGGAAAUCGAAGAUUGAUACACAGAGCCUUGAUAAGGGCGUUUUGAACGCUUUCGACCUUUCAGCUACAAUGACAGAGCAUGCCACUUCAUCGUGAGGUCCGUUGUUUUUUUACCUUUCAAAGAUCGAUGACUCACAAACUCUACUUCAUGGAAUGGAUAAUAACAUUGUCAACAUUACAUAAAGACAUCAUUAAAAACAAAUCUCUGUCACGUUAUUCUUUAUAUGCGCAUAACAGCUUUGUUACAUUUUAUGUUAGUUCCUGAUGUUAUACAAUGACAGUCAAUCUCACACAUUGAUUACGAGACACACACGCACUGUGUUUUCAGAUA